AUGAAUUAAAUCCACCAACACUAAGGUUGUCUGUUGCAUCAAUUUCCUCACAACUCUCAUCCCAAAUCCACCUGAAUUUCUCAUCUACAUACCCCUUUUAUUGUGAAGCACGGAUAUGACAGGGAUGAUUGGAGGAGUGGCCGAGAGAGAUGCACGGAAAGCCCAUAUCUCCAUGGCGUUGGUGCAACUCUGCAAUGGAGGUUAUCAUGUAAUUACCAAAGUAGCCCUCAAUGUUGGUGUUAACCAGCUUGUCUUCUGCGUCUUCCGUGAUCUUCUUGCUCUCGCUCUUCUUGCCCCCAUCGCCUAUGUUCGUGAAAACCAUAAUCGGAAAUAUAACUUCUGGGGUCAUUUUGUUCCUCUUUCCUGCAGAAGGGUUCGGCCUCCUAUGACUAAACGCCUUCUCCUUUCUUUCUUCUUUCUUGGGUUAACUGGGAUAUUCGGCAACCAGCUUUUAUUUCUCAUUGGUCUGAGCUACACAAAUCCAACUUAUGCUGCUGCCAUACAGCCUUCGAUUCCAGUCUUCACCUUUCUCUUGGCUGUAAUGAUGGGUACGGAAAGAGUGAAUUUGCUCAAAACCGAAGGUCAAGCAAAAGUUGGAGGUACACUAAUCUGUGUUUCCGGUGCAAUAUUAAUGGUUCUGUUUUGUGGUCCAGCUUUAAUUGGACAGAAAGAUGCGGACUUUUCUCAUUAUGACAUAAGUGCCAGGGGUCAACCAGAACCUUCUGGAUGGCUCGUGUCUAGUUUUCUGGAGUUUGGUCUUGAAUAUUGGCAUAUUGGAGUUCUAUGCUUGAUAGGGAACUGUAUGUGCAUGGCUUCUUUCCUGGCCAUUCAGGCUCCAGUUUUAGCCAAGUAUCCUGCAAACAUUUCUGUCACAGCCUUUUCCUAUUUUUUUGGUGCUGUAUUGAUGAUAACAAUAUCCCUUUUUAUGACCAACGAGUCAACAGACUGGAGGCUGACACAGUCUGAGCUUUUUGCCGUCUUAUACGCUGGAAUUGUUGCAUCUGCUCUUAACUAUGGACUCCUGACGUGGUCGAAUAAGAUCUUGGGGCCUGCUUUAGUUGCUCUUUAUAAUCCACUUCAACCUGCAGCAUCAGCAUUUCUGUCGAGAGUUUUCCUUGGCAGUCCAAUUUUUUUGGGAAGUGUGCUUGGAGGUUUUCUAAUUAUUGCUGGUCUAUAUAUGGUCACUUGGGCGUCCUACAAAGAAAAGCACACUGCUACGGGUAUGGUGCCUCUUGUCGUUCGGCCUUCUGAACCUCUCGUUCACAAAGAUGCAGCCAUUAACAAGAACCCGCUCCACAGAGGACACCUUUUCUCUUCCGUUUUAUCAGCGAAGCCCAUUGAUUAACUUUGUAAUCCAGUGGUGGUGUAAAGUUUCCAUGAGCUCUUUUCUUACAGGUACAUUUACUAAGAUCAAGUAGUGUCACUCGGCAUUUGUAAAAUUUGACGGGUAGCAAACGAGAAAUUCGUUAAAUCCAUCUUCAAAUUGCUAUAAAUUUAGUUUCUUCCACCUUUGUCUUAAUUUGUUAGAAGCAAUGCAGUU